AUGACGCUCGCCGACGAAAUCGAGCGCAGCGGCGCGUUCCGCGAUGUGAUCCGCGCGUCCAACCGGCAAGAGUCGGAAAUCGCCAGGCUGCGGGAUGCUUUUGCGGCCAAAUCGAACCGAGGUGAGCGCAAGCUCAAGCUCUACCACGGCACGUCGCUGGAGGCGGCGCUGCGCAUCGAGAGCCAGGGCUUCCAGGCGUCAGCGACAGGCUGCCUCGGCCCCGGCGUCUACUUGGCGCGCGCGGACAAGGCUCUCCGCUUUGCGCAGGAGGGCGGCCGGCACGGCGGCGCGGAGGGCGGCCUCGUCGAGGUCCUCGUGCGCUUCAAGAACCCAAAGUUUGUUGCCGCCGAUGACGACACUUGGCAGGCCGAGGGCUACGACGCGUGCCGGGCCGAGGAGACCUCCGCCUCGCAGAAUAUGGAAUGGCGUUGCCCGGUGGUGAACGGCGUCGGCACCCGCUACAUUGCAAUCCCAGCGGCGGAGGAGCGCGGCAAGGGGCUCUUCGAGUGCGGUGACUGCGGCAACGUGUGGACCUCCAACACCGCGUGCCGCUCGCUCAAGCAGUAUUGCCAUGCGGAGAAUUGCAACGCUCGCGAGGAGAUGCGCGGAUUCCUGCCAAAGGAGAUUCGCGCGCCAGAGCCCGCCUGGCUACGCGCUCGGCACGCCGGGCGGCCCGACGCGUCGUGGGAGCACCCGGCGCAAGCACUGGUGCUUUGGGGCAGGCCCCAAAUGACGUGUGAGUGUUAG